AUGGAGAAUAAUGCUCCAGCUUCAGGUGGUGGCCCUCCACCAAAACCAUGGGAAAGAGCUGGUUCUCCAUCUGGAGCUGCACCAUUUAAGCCACCCUCUGCUGGGAACACAAGCGACGUAGUAGAAGCUUCCGGAACAGCACAACCUGGUGAAGUUGUUACAACUGCUGAUAGAAGCACGGCUGUUAAUAGGAACACACUCGGGAGGCCUGUCCCUACCCGCCCUUGGGAACAACAGACAUAUGGAAACAGUUAUGGAGGUUAUGGAUCGGGUUUAAAUUAUAAUUCUGGAUAUGGAAACGGGAUGUAUGGGUCCUAUGGGGGACUUGGAGGGUCGUAUGGUAAUGGCGGAUUGUAUGGAAAUAAUAUGUACAGAGGAGGUUAUAGUGGACUUUAUGGAGGUGGCGGAAUGUAUGGUGGGGGAAUGUACGGUGGUGGUGGUUAUGGAGGCCCAAUGGGAGGCUAUGGGAUGGGCAUAGGUGGGCCUUUUGGUGACCAAGAUCCAAAUAAUCCCUUUGGGCCUCCUUCUUCUCCACCUAGCUUUUGGAUUUCGUUAAUGCGAGUGAUGCAAGGUGUGGUAACUUUCUUUGGACGAGUUGCAAUGUUGAUCGACCAGAAUACGCAAGCAUUUCAUAUGUUUAUGACUGCCCUUCUUCAG